AUGGCGGAUAAAGCGGGCCCCGCCCACAGUCUUGGCCCCCCACCGCCCCCUCCAUCCAUCCCAGCCAACGUGGGUCUCCCGCCAUAUGUCCAGAGCUUCACGCAUCACGGUCAGACACUGCUGGAACAGCUGCAGCGCCAGCUACAGUACGGUGCCUUCUGCGAUGUCAUAGUGAGAGUGGAAGAUUACGAUUUUAGGCUACACAAGUGUAUCUUGGCUGCCUUCAGUCAGAAGUUACAGAGCAUGCUGUAUGGCAUGCGUCAGGAGUGUUCUAAUGUCCUCACCCUGCGGGAUGUCACGUUUAAUGCAUUCCGUACCAUCAUUGAUUAUGUGUACACAGGUAAACUGAAGGUAGAACCAGCUUAUGCAUAUGAUGUGCUGACUGCUGCCCAGUAUCUAGAUAUGGCCAAUGUAGAGAAAGCCUGUGUAGAACAUCUGAGAUCUCUCACUGACCGAGGGAUGGCUGGUAAUCCCGCAUGGAAUUUACCACCUGCAGGAUUUUCUGGUUAUUCUGGACGUCCAGCAGGAAUGUUUGCCCCAUCUGCUGCAUUUCCACCUGUAACCAUGGUUACGGGUAACAGCCAUGUUGCCAUGGUGAACCCAAGUCAAGGGCCUUCCGUUGAUACCAACUUGAUUGAGGACUAUUUGAAGGUGAUUGAAUCUUUUCAAAACAACCAGUCAGAGAUGAUGAACACCUUAGGUGAUGGGACUCCAACUGCUGCCAUGGCAACUGGAUAUAACCAAGGUCAUGGCCCAGGUCAGGGUCAAGGUUCUAGGCCACCAGCAGGUUCAAGAGCAGUGGCUUCAAAAGUGCAACCAUUUUCCAGUGCAUUAGAUGCAUACACAUACAAUCUUCUGACAACUGCACUACAGAAAAUGAGUGAGCAGAAGGCAGUUGAUCAGCAUGCUGCUGUCCUAGGUGGCGCCGCCUCUGGUAUAGAGACUGCAGGGGGUCUCAGGAUGAUCCCAUCUACAGCCAGGCAACCGCCACCAGGAAUAAUCCAAGACAGAACACUAGCAUCACAGACAGAAUUUCAUCCCAAUCCUGAAGUACGAGAUAAAGAGACCAGUCGUCUUAUCGAGGCAAUACGGGCUGAAAACAUGGUGCCAAAACCUGUGUCUUCACAAGAGAUUCACCAGCAGCAGUUAGUUGAGCAGCCUUCAGAGCCAAGAGAAAUAUGUCAGCUGCAGGAAGAGGUUUGUCAGGCAGAUGGCCAGGUCCGGCAGAGGACUCUAGUUUUUGAUAGGGAAACUGCGACAAGGGGACCAGAAAUCCUCAGCUCUGAUGAUGAUCAAGAAGAUGGUUUCCAUGGAAACACUCAACAGUUUCAUGCUUCCCCUGAAACUGACCAAGCUGCAGCUGUAACUCAUGCAAUUCCUGAACCUGUUGUAGAAAUAGACCAAUCAGCUCCAAAUUCUCAUAUUGUUUCUAAGCAACCAGAAAGAAAAGACCAGUCAACCUCCACCUCUUAUGCAGACCAUGAGCCUCAGUCAGGCAUGGACCAAUCAAAUGUAAUUUCUCAUGAAGUGGUCAUGUCUGUUGAUCAGGUAGACCAAUCAACAGCCAAGUCUAAUGUAGUGAUAGAAUCAGUGGCAGGUGGAGAUUCACAGGGUAAGAGGAAGAAAUCAAAACCACACAAGAUAAAAAUUCAAGCUAAUAACUCUGCAGAAAAAGAGCAAGCGCUUCAGAAAGAUAGCACACCAAGGACGGGUAAAGAUAAAACUUCUCCAACUGGUGCUGUGGGUGAGAGACAGAGGAAAAACGAUGUUAAAGGACCACCCAAGAAGAGGAAAAAGAGAAAAGAGACAGCUUCAACCAUACGUUGUGAUCUAUGCAACCGGACAUUUUCGCGCCCUGGACUCUACCGGCGGCACGUGCGUGCCCACGAGAGGCAAGGCGGCGAAAUCUACACGUGUCACGUCUGCCAUCAGAAAUACCCGCGACCGGGCGAACUGACGCGACACUUGCGGACUCACACGGGAGAACUCUACCACUGUAAUACAUGCGACAAAAAUUACGAGUCACAGAAGGAGUUCAAGAUGCACAUGAAACAGGCACACGACGAGCCGAAAGCGUUCCAGUGCGUCUUUCCCGGCUGCAGUUUCAAGUCGGACAAACCGUCAAAUGUUGAACGCCAUGCGGUGAUCCAUGCAGAUUUAAAGCCUUACGAAUGUGAACGGUGCGGGCGCACGUUUUCCCAGCCAAAUGGCUUGAGAAGCCACAUGCAGAGUUGUUUUGAGACGCGCAGUUAUAUGUGUGACAUGUGCGGCGUUUCCUUUAACCAUCUGGGAAGCAUGAAGUCGCAUCGUCGAAUGCACACGGGGGAGAAACCAUUUAUAUGUCAGGAUUGUGGGGCCGGGUUUUCUGACCACAGGAAUUUCAAAAGACAUCGGCGCAUUCAUGACAACGUUUUCCCAUACGGAUGUGACAUUUGUAACAAGAAAUUCCGUCAUUCUAAUUCACUCAAAUCUCAUAUUAAAACACAUAAUGCUUCCUAAAGUCAAAUUCUAAUUUUUCUUAUUUUAGCAUUUUGAUAGAUAACUUGUUGUGAAUAUCGCCGAAGCUAUAAAUGUUUGCUUUUUCUGUUCAACAGCAGGCAGCCAUAGAUUUUGUAAGAUUUCUAUUAUGAAACAUUUAUUGACUCGUACAUUCGAUAUGCAUUUAAGAAAACUGGUGACCCACUAAAUCAGUAAGGCUCAAAUGUAUUUAUUUGAUGUGCAUAUCAGACGUAAUUAGACUCCUUUAACAAGGGGUCACGUAUUAAGACCGUCGCACAGUCGUAGAACAUUAGAGAAAAUUGGAUUGUAUUAAAAAUCAUCUUUUACGGUAAAAUAUCGCUAAUUUGUAAUCUUGCACAUAAGAUAUGGUGAUAAGUUAUCAUUAAUUUCCUUAAAUAUGAUUGUAACCUUGGGGAUUUUUAA